AUGAAGGUCCUCAAAAAAGAUGAGCGAAUAACUGCUGAAUCCAUUCUGUUGAAACACUUACCCAAGAGUUUUCAGGUCUACGGAUUGUUAUAUGCUUAUAACAGAAACAAACCAAGUUGCAUACAGGUCAUUGUUGAUACAUGGCCUGAUUUUAAGGUCAUCAUUUGUCGCCCAGACCCAGAAAACAAACAAACCUCAGAAUGGAAAAACAAAAUAAUGUUCUUCAGCCUGGAUGAGCAGAUGUUGAGGAAAAUGUUGUCAGAAGAGGACACAAUAGACUGGAGCACUCAAUUUAUUAUUGGAGGCUAUGACAGUUCUUAUACUUCCAUGUUAAAAGAGGUUUCAUCGCAGAGAAUGGUCAACUUUAAACAUCGGGCGUGUGCACAUCUUCUGUAUUUGCCAGAUAGUAGCCAUCUGAUCACACAAGAAUUUGACAGUGAGCUAAAAUCGAGGAUUUCCCCUCUCCAAUUUUCACACGCUCAACUGGUGAAUCAAACCUGGAAGUUUGGAGGGGAUGAAAAGAGCUACAAGAAAAUCAUAAGCCAGAUCAACCACUUCCCUUCAUACUGCAUCACUGAUGGUCAGGGUCAGCCUGUGUCGUGGCUGCUUUUACAUGAAGACCAUGCAAUGGGAAUGUUGUAUACUUUGCCUGAACACAGACAAAAAGGUUAUGCCUCAGUCCUGAUCUACACCAUGGCCCAAAGACUCCUUGCUGAGGGUUACCCAUUGUUCUGCUAUGUUGAGGAAGGUAACAUGACCCCAUAUAAGCUUUUUAAAAGCAUGGGCUUUAUUGAGGACCCCGCUUACAGAGCGAUAUGGGUUGCAUUCAACACCUAA